AGCGUCCCGGUAUCGCGAACCCCUGCAAUUUUUCAGAAAGUUGCAAACUCUCAAUAUCAAAAGAAAAGAUAAAAAAAAAAACACGAUUUAAUCAAUCCAUUCACUGGCUGAAUCUGGCCUCGGAUUAGCCAAUUCUUCACAAUGCCACGAAUACCACAAUUAACACGAUUAAAGGGGCUAUCCAACCUACCUACUUCGAUAUCCCACUCUCCGAUAAUACCAUUCGCCGGCGAACGUUGUACGUCUUGCCAGACCAUCACAAUCUCAUCUCGGAGAUCUAUACCAACAAGAUUCCGGUCAUCUGCAUUCAUACGAUUGUACUCGUCAGAGAAGCAAUCUACUUCAUUAAGUCGUGGUAAUGAGGAUAUAGAAGUGUCAGAAGAUGACUUGCCGCAACAAUGGCAAACAUCCGCCAUGCCACCCCCACGUAGCUACGCCGAGAGACCCGACGAAGUAUUAGACACCGCGUACGUGCCCGCGUUGACCUCCGAAGGCUUGGAAUCAGUCGGAGGAGUAGAAAAUUGGUGGGAGAAAGAGGCACAUUGGCCCAAAUCAGCCGACUUUGUCGGUUUCAAAUCACCGAACAAGGUGACUGAUCCUGCAGUCAUAGAAACUUCCAUCCGACAAGCUGUUGUAGAGGCGUUUACGCUGUCGCAGGCAGGUCGAAUCGCCGACCUAACGAGAGCAUGGCCAACAACGGAGCAAGAAUAUCUUCGUCGGCUCCUAGAGGUAGACAUCCGCCUUACGGAGAAUGGUGGCGUGUCGCUCGGUAGCAAUUCUCAUGUGGUGUUGGAAUAUUUUGACUCGCAAAACAAGCCUAGCGAAAGUAGCAAUUCCACAACUGAGGAACCGGUGUCAGAGGGCCUGCAAAAUGAACCGGUGCUCUCAGCUGAGGAAGCUCAGGUAUUCAGAGGGGUAUGGGGUGAUAACUGGAAAUCUAUCCCUCUAUCGGAUCGCCAAAUCAAGUUUGCUGUAAGUUCCAAACUCUCCAAACUCCACUCACUUUGAAGGUGCCUUGGCUCCUUAAAUGGAAAUGAAAGAAAGAAAGGAGGAACUAACGGUAAUGCUACUAGGUCACAAAGCGAGUUUUUCAACU